UCGAUUAGUUAUGACGUCAUCAGGCACAUAGCCGAGUUCUGAAAAACAGAUCGACCCAAAUUCAAUUUUGGUGUUGUUAUUGAGAAGCAAAUAGCAAUUAAAUGGACCGAAUAGCGUCUUUUUCAGAUGACCCCUUUGAUAAACCGCCUUGCAGAGGCUGCUCAUCCCAUCUAACCGAACCAUACAUCAAGUGCGCAGAAUGUGGACCUUCACCUUUUUUGUUGUGUCUUCAGUGUUUUACCAGAGGAUUUGAAUACAAGAAGCAUCAGAGUGAUCACAGAUAUGAAAUCAUGACUUCAGACUUCCCGGUGCUGGAGCCUGGAUGGACGGCGCAGGAGGAGAUGGCUCUGCUGGAGGCAGUCAUGGAUUGCGGGUUUGGGAACUGGCAGGACGUGGCAUAUCAGAUGCGCACAAAAACCAAAGAGGAGUGCGAGAGCCACUACAUGAAGAAUUUCAUCAACAACCCCCUGUUUUCCUCCACCUUACUCAGCCUGAAGAAAACGAAAGAUUCUCGUUUUGCAGAAGGAGCAAUCCCCUUCAAACCCUGUGACGACCCGCCCCGGCCCAUAUUUGACUCGGUGCUCUCUCGGGACAUGGCGGGUUACAUGCCAGCCAGAGCAGACUUCAUGGAGGAGUUUGACAACUACGCAGAAUGGGAUUUAAAAGACAUCGACUUUGUGGACGAUGACUCAGACAUCCUUCACGCUCUCAAGCUUGCAGUUGUUGAUAUUUAUCAUUCAAGGUUAAAGGAGCGGCAAAGAAGGAAGAAGAUCAUCAGAGACCACGGACUGAUCAAUCUCCGUAAAUUCCAGAUGCUGGAGCGAUGCUAUCCAAAGGAGGUUCAGGAGCUUUAUGAUGCUAUGAGAAGGUUUGCCAGAGUGGUCGGGCCAACGGAGCACGACAAAUUCAUCGAAAGUCAUGCAGUGGAGUUUGAGUUGCGGAGAGAGAUCCGCAGGCUGCAGGACUACAGGAAAGCAGGAAUCAAGUCCUUCUGCAGCGCAAAGGUUUAUGAGCGAGUGGGGCGGCUGCGUGAAGAGGAGCGGAAGAAGAGGACCAUGCUGAACGAUGUGCUGCAGUACAUCCAGGAUGGCAAAGCCUGUCAGCAGUGGCUCAGCAAACAGGCAGCAAUAGAUGCUGGCAUUACUCCAGCCGUCACAACAAUCACAGUUUCGGCAACAGGUAGGAGAAGCGCCCCUCCUCUAAACCUGACUGGACUGCCGGGAACAGAGAAGCUCAAUGAGCGGGAGAAAGAGUUGUGUCAGGUUGUGCGGCUGGUGCCCGGAGCUUAUCUGGAGUACAAACAGGCCUUACUGAACGAGUGCAGACGGCAGGGGGGGCUGCGGCUGGCGCAGGCACGAGCGCUGAUCAAGAUCGACGUGAAUAAGACCAGAAAAAUCUACGACUUCCUCAUCAAAGAGGGCUACAUCACUAAAGCAUAGCCGUUCAGAGCAGACUGCAGGAGGACGGUCACCGCUCUGUUUUAUUCUUGUCACUGUGACGGUAUUUUAAAAGGUGAACUAGUUGGCUGCUGUUUUAACGUAUGACAAAGUGUUCAAACAUAUCUGUUUUACUAUUAAAACUAAUAAAAUGACAUCUUAAAAAUCCACAUCAUAAUGAGGGUGUAUUUAUUUUUCUGUCCUAAGUGUUAACCAUAAAUGAUUUUGGUGUAGCAUGUUGCUGCUUCUGUUGCAGUCGUUGGUGAAUUUGUAUUUCUUAUCCUUUCCUUGUGUAUGUGAAUUAACUGUAUUUCUAUGAUAUCAUCGUUUAUUGUCGUAAAAAUGUGCUGCUCUAUUCACAGAAUGGAAUAAAGGUUAGUUUUCAAAAACA